UGAACAGAGUCUUCUACAAUCUCAACAAGUGAAUGACCAUGAAAGGUUCAUUGCUUUUCGUUUCAAGUGUUGUUAUACUAAUUAAUAUGGUGAGAGGCUGUCCUCCGAAAUGUCGAUGCCAUCCGUUUUCAAAGUCAGUGGAUUGCAGAAAUCAAGGACUUGUUGACAUUCCUUCCCAUUUACCUGCUGAAACUCAAAUAUUACUUUUGUCAAACAAUCACAUUCAGAAAAUCAGCCAAAGCGCUUUCACUGACACGUUGGCUUUAAAAAUUCUGGACUUAUCCAAUAAUUCUGUCUCAGGUCUGUUGCCUGGCACAUUCAAAGGACUGCGAAAUCUACAGAUUCUAAACCUAACUAAGAACUUCAUUGAAUAUGUAGACAACAGGACUUUUAGUUCCCUUCCACACCUAAAAGAGCUGGAUUUAUCAUCCAACAAUAUAUUAAGUCUGCCUGGAACUCUAGGAAAUAAUACAUGGAACAUAACAUUAUUGUCUCUGAAACAUAAUAAACUUCAAAAAGUAGACAGGCUUCUGUUGGAAUCUCUGCCGAAUCUGAAAGUGAUUCUUUUUAAGGGUAACUACUGGCAAUGCAAUUGUCAGGUCUUUGGCCUUAAAUUAUGGCUGGAAAGUUUUUUGUACAGAGGGGGAGUCAGUGAUGGUGUAAUCUGCGCAACGCCUGGAAAUCGGAAGGGAAAAGACCUCCUCAGAAUCCCGUAUGAGUUGUAUGGGAUCUGUCCUCACACAGUUUCUGAAGUUCACCAGGCCAAUACACAUCACUACGCUGAGCACAGGAGUUCUCUGAAGCACGGCCGCCACAAUGAGCACGGAGGAGAUGGCAGCCGCGCACACUGUGAACCCAAACCCAAGCCACGGCCUGUGAGCUUGCGUCAUGCCAUUGCCACUGUAGUAAUAACUGGUGUGGUCUGUGGGAUUGUAUGUCUCAUGAUGUUGGCUGCCGCGGUGUAUGGCUGCGCGUACGCUGCAAUUACUGCAAAAUACCACCGGGAAAACUCACACUCGCCCCCUGGCAAGGAGAAGGGAAGUGUUGAGGAAAGCAAGCCAUUUCAGAGCUCAAUGGCUUGA